GAGAUAGGUACCCAGCUCAUUAUCAGCACGCCCGCAGCCAGCAUCCAGCCUAUCGGGCAUAAGGUUUCCCUGCCUACCUUAGAUACCUACAUACAUACUUUCAUACAUACCUCUUCUCUCCCCAACCUAACCAUAGCCACAGUCGUGGGUGGUUUCUCGGUGUUUCGCGUUGCUCAGAGUGACACAAGCAUCUCCAGAUCACUCCCCGCUUGACAAGGUUCUGGUCCUCGAUUGCAGCGUCUCCCAGGUCCACCCCCGACCUAUCGGAUACCUGCCCCUACAUCAUUCCCACUUUGACAUCUAGUUCCGUCUAUCCUAACUCGAGACGCGCGCUCACCUCAGCUUUCGAGCUUCUUCUCCCUGACCCCAUUCUCCUCAUUUUUCUUUUCACCUGCCGUCGGCCUUCUGCCUUCUGCAUCUAGUCUUUUCCUUCAUCUUCUCGACGCCAGCCAUUAGCUACGCAUGUAUACGAGCACAAUUGCGCGAGGCUCAGCUCUAUCUCCCAUCCAUUUAUAGGCCCUUGGCCUCCACCAAGCUUCCUGUCAUCGCCAACUCACACAGGAAGUCAUGGCCGAAGCACGAGUUUCCUCGCGCCGCGUGAGAACCGGUGACGAUGUCGUUGGCCCGUUCCUUAUUGGCUCCGAGAUAGGAAAGGGCAGCUUUGCGCAGGUCUAUAUGGGCAAGCACAAGGUAUCCGGGGCUGCUGUAGCCAUCAAAUCCGUCGAGCUCGCCCGACUGAACAAGAAAUUAAAAGACAAUCUUUAUAGCGAAAUCCAGAUCUUGAAGAAGCUUCGACAUCCACACAUCGUCGCCCUUCAUGACUGUGUCGAAUCGACAACCCACAUCAACCUUGUUAUGGAAUACUGCGAGCUUGGGGACCUGUCAUUAUUUAUCAAGAAGAGGGAUAAGCUGAUAACACAUCCUGCUACAUGCGAUCUAGCACGGAAAUACCCAAGCAUUCCCGGGUCAGGUCUAAACGAAGUUGUUAUCCGACAUUUCCUUAAACAACUAGCCAGCGCAUUGCAAUUCUUGCGAGAAGGCAACUUUGUUCAUCGAGAUAUAAAACCUCAAAACCUUCUGCUUCUCCCAUCUGUCGUCUACCGGGAGUCCAAUAGGGAGAGCCGAUCGGUUCUCAGCGCUAGCCAUGACUCAUUAAUACCCGCUGUUGGAUUACAGUCCUUGCCUAUGCUGAAGCUGGCAGACUUUGGGUUUGCUCGGGUUCUGCCCUCUACCUCGCUCGCAGAAACCCUGUGCGGAUCGCCUCUGUACAUGGCACCUGAAAUACUUCGUUACGAGCGGUACGAUGCCAAGGCCGAUCUCUGGUCUGUUGGAACGGUUGCCUAUGAGAUGAUAAGUGGCAAACCACCAUUCCGAGCUAGUAAUCAUGUUGAGCUGUUACGAAAAAUCGAAGGAGGUAAUGAUAACAUCAAGUUUUCCAAGGAAGUUCAGGUGACAUCAGAUCUAAAGGCUUUGAUUCGUGCUCUACUCAAGCGUAAGCCCGUUGAAAGGAUGAGUUUUGAGAGCUUCUUCAAUCACGAUAUUAUCGCGGACCCUAUACCUGGCCUAGUGGAGGACGACCUUCCAAGAUCCCAACGAUUAACUUCCAAAGAUUCUCGAGCACUGUCAAAAACAGAUGAGCCUCGACUGGAAGGACGACGCCUAUCAGCGCAUCAUCGUUAUCGAACAGACACAGAAGUUGUACGUCAAGACCUGGACCAAUCGUUACCCCGGGAAAAGCCGCCGAAGACUAUAGCUACGCCGGAGGUCGAAAACCAGCAUCAAGUAGCACAAAAAACUGCUCAAGUAAGCCAUGUAGCGCAAAAUAAUACCCCGUCAGGCCUCGGAAUUCAGCGUCCUCAACCGGUCCCGUCGUCGUCGGCACCUUCAAAACCAGUUCUCAUGGAAGACAGGCGCAAUCGAGGUUAUUCCAAUGCUUCCGUAAACAAAUUUCUACGUGAUGAUAAGUCACCUUCUUCAUACGAUAACAACGAUAUAGUGAAGGGGAAAGGAAAAUAUCAUUCCACAGCAGAUGAGCGUGAGAAAGUUGCGCAUGACAUAGCCUUUGAGAGAGAUUACGUCGUCGUGGAAAAGAAACAUGUAGAAGUAAACGCGUUUGCAGAUGAGCUUGCUGCUAAAGGCACACAGACACAUGCCAUCACUCCACGGUCAGGACAGGUGAUUCGACGUGCUACUCAACAAGGAGAUCCAAGAUCGACUACUGGGGCUGUCCCAGCUCAAGCAUCCAAUGCUUUGCAGAUUGCGCAGGGCAGACAGCGACCAGACACCUAUCAUCGUGGUUCAUACGAAAAGAAUCUAUCAGGCAGUCCUAGUUCCACAACUUCCGUCAUUUCUAAGGCUAUCCAAGAUGCUAGUCUGAGGCUAUUCGGCUUCAAAUAUCCUUCACAUAUGCUUGGCAAAGGCGCAUCUCCUCCACAUAUGUACAACCCCUUUCCAACGUACCCUGCGCCAAAUGCGCCCUUAGGCUUGAUCACCGAUGGGCGCUCAGGUGGCCCUAUUGACGAAGAUCUCCGUGUGGCUCAGUGUAUCGAAGACUUUGCCACACGCAGCGAUGUUGUAUGGGGUUUUGCAGAGGUCAAGUACAAGCAACUUGUGCCGCUCGCUCCAUCAACGGAGGAAGGCCUCGGUGGUAUCCCAGCUGAAAAGAUGGGAUCAGACGAUGACGAUGGUCUGACGAUCGAGGCAAUUGUUGUCCUUUCAGAAGAAGCCCUUGUGUUCCAACAACACGUUAUUGGACGUGACGCAACUAGCACACAGAAUCUGGUAGCCAGAGUUAAUUCUGCCGUACAAUGGGUUCGCAAACGCUUCAAUGAGACAUUAGAGAAGGCGGAAGUUGUCAGGCUGAAGCUGACAGAGGCCCAAAAGCAACUUCCUGAGGAUCAUUGCAGUCAUCCAAGUAACAACCAGGUCGAGCCCAUUGCACCAGGAACUCCAGGCACAGAAGGCAUCGUAUUAACCCCUGGUCUCAGUGCCGAGAAGUUGAUGUUUGACCGAGCUAUCGACAUGAGUCGGACUGCCGCAAUCAACGAGAUAGCAAAUGAAGACUUGGGUGGGUGUGAACUCUCUUACGUUACGGCCAUUCGCAUGCUGGAGGCCGUGCUUGACAACGAUGAUGAUAUAUCAAGUAAACGUCGGUUGUCAGGAUCCCAAGCGGAGCGCGAUGUUCAAGAAGCAGCAUCGGAGAUAAACCCAGAUGAUCAACAAGCAGUACAUAAGAUGAUCCACAUGAUUACUGGGAGGCUCACUACGCUUCGAAAGAAAAUGCAAAUAAUAGCGAACGCCUCAAAGGCUCAACAUAGCCUCCCCCGUAAGCGCAGUGAUGAACUGACGCCACGAAGUGUUCCUACUCAUACCUCGUAAAGAGUCGAGGAUGUAACCUCAUGAUUAACGACGCCACGUAUAAGACUACGAUACAAAUCACUUGGGCCCCGCGGCUUUCAGAAACUACCUUCUGCAGCUGGUUACAGGACCGGUUACACGGACAGCUGAUAUUCUC